ACUUAGCCCACACGAGAGCUAGAGCUUGUUGAGUGCGGUUGGAAGCUUGAGCGAAGUCAUGGAUUCUGUAGUCCUCCAGCUGUGGGCUGUCCUCUGUCUCUUGAUUCACCUUGCCACUUGCAGUCCCAUCCUGAGCUUAGAGCACUCUUCCUUGGAGGAAGACGUGCCUCUUUUCGACGAGAUUCUCUCCGAGCAGGAUGGUGUUGAUUUCAACACGCUGCUUCAGAAUAUGAAAAACGAGUUUUUGAAGACGUUGAACCUCUCUGACAUUCCCCUGCAUGAAACGGCCAAGGUGGAUCCGCCAGAGUACAUGCUAGAGCUGUACAACAGGUUUGCCACCGAUAGGACAUCUAUGCCAUCCGCAAAUAUUAUUAGGAGCUUCAAAAAUGAAGACUUGGCUUCCCACCCUAUUGGUAUUACAGGAAUUCGGAAAUACCCUCUUCUAUUCAAUGUUUCCAUCCCUCACCAUGAAGAAAUCACCAUGGCAGAGCUGAGGCUCUACACCUUAGUGGAAAGGGACCAAAUGCUCUACGAUGGGCUUGACCGGAAGGUCACCAUUUUUGAAGUGCUGGAAAAUGACCGUAUGGGGGUAGGAGAAGAGAGAAGGACAGUGGCAUUGGCAUCCAGGCAGAUCUAUGGCACAAGCAGUGAGUGGGAGAGCUUCGAGGUCACCGAAGCCAUCAAGCGUUGGCGAAGGGCAGGACUGACCACGCACCGGCUGGAAGUUCAUAUAGAGAGCAGGGAAGGGGAGGAGCAGAACGGAGAGGGGAAACUCGAUAUUGACAUCAACUCUGAGGCUAAGCACGUGCCCCUGUUGAUUGUGUUCUCUGAUGACCAAAGCAAUGACAAAAAAGAGGAGAAGCAAGAGCUGAACGAAAUGAUAGACCAUGAGCAGCUCCUGGACUUGGAGAACCUGGAAGUCGGCAAUUUCCAUGGCCAGCCUGGUGAGGAGGCGCUGCUCCAGAUGCGCUCCAACAUCAUUUACGACUCUACUGCCCGAAUCCGGAGGAACGCAAAAGGCAACUACUGUAAAAAGACUCCACUGUACAUAGAUUUCAAGGAGAUUGGCUGGGAUUCCUGGAUCAUCGCCCCAGCAGGAUAUGAAGCUUACGAGUGCCAUGGAGUGUGCGCCUACCCCUUAACAGAGCACGUCACACCAACAAAACAUGCCAUUGUCCAGACUUUGGUUCACCUGAAGAAUCCCCAGAAAGCCUCCAAGGCUUGCUGUGUGCCCACCAAACUUGAUCCCAUCUCUAUUCUCUACUUAGAUGCAGGGGUGGUCACCUACAAGUUCAAAUAUGAAGGCAUGGUGGUAUCAGAGUGUGGCUGCAGAUAGUAGCAGGGAACGCAUGCACAGGGGAGUGCACAGGGGAAGUAUUUAAUGAUUCAGUCUGUAAAUUUGUACAUUUCAGAUUUCCUAUUUAAUAAGGUUAUUUAAUGAGGCAUGUACAGAUAAUUGUAUGUUUCCUGUUAUGGGGAAUGGGCAAGUUGUACGACCGUAGGGAAUGUAUAUUUUGUUCCAUUGCUUGCUUCUUGCUGUUCUUCGCUGUUCAAAUUAUGACUGAGUCUCUUUUCCUAUCAGGGCCUAGAGAAGAUCACUGGAUUGUUUGGGAGGGUUCUUUGUGCCAAAGGGGCACAUUCAAAUUCACAGAAAUAAAGGCAUAUUUUUGUACUUUAUUGAUGUCGAUUGGCAUCUAUAGGGAUUUCCAGAGCUAUUAAAGAUAGGUGAACUACAGGCAAUACACACCUAGAUCGUUUAGUUUUGUGUAAAAUCUUUAUAAAGAUCUUUACAUGCUCAGAUGUAUUUAGUUUUUUUAAUUUAUCUCUGUGGAUCUUAAGUCCUGAUAAUUCUCAAGUUCCUAAAUCACUAAGGCAGGACAAGGUGUUAGACUUUUUCCUUUUUUCUUACUCUUUUCUUGAAUCUUUCCCUGUCUCAGUUAAAGGUAACUGGCAGGGGUGAUUUGGCAUCUGGAGCAGAAGGGAACCAUUCCCUUUCCCAUCUUUCUUAGUACAGCAAUGGGCCCAGGAGCAGUGCCAGGCUUGUGCAGUGCUUUGAUGUGCAAUGGCAAGAAAUUCCCCCUGUGCAUGUUUAUUACAAAAGCACCCUGUGUAAAUCGGCGCUGGCUUUGCUGCGUUAGCUGUGUGUUGUCUCUCAAGAGCCAGAGCUUUAGGUGGCAGAAAUAAGUGCAGUAAAUUUCCUAAAUCCUUGAAAUUUUAUCAGUUUAUACCAGCUAAGAAACUAGUCCCCCUACCCAGUCCAGUAAACUACAUACAAUACAGCUAUGUAAUCCAAUUCAAAUGGCCAAGUAGUAUUGCAUUUAGUCUGCACAGAGCUAGACAGAAAGGGAAACCCCUUUGUGCCAGCUAGAUAGAGAGGAUCUUUCCUUUAUGUAUGUGCUGAAAUUGUCAAUUCAUAAAGAUAUUGCCCCCCCCCCCUUAAACUAUAUAUGAUGGAGUCACAUGCCAUGUUUCCGCCACUCUUCUGCAACAAAUCAUGGUGAUAAGAAGGUGUCAGAGCUGAGAAACAAUAGACCCGUCACUUUAUUUAUACUAAGCUGCAAAUUUGUCAGAUUCUUGGGGAAGUGUAAGUGACGUUGACUCUCUUAGACUGUACCAGAGCCUGCUGUACUGUCCCUGCAUCUGUUUUACACUUUUAAGGGAAAGGUAUCUUCCCUGGAAGUGAUAAGGGUCUUUGAAAGAACCACUCUAACACUUCAUGGGAAUGAACACAAAAGACGUUGCCAUGCACCAACUAAAACCAGUUUCACCUAUUUCCACACAUACUCUUCUGUGCUUCCCGUAAUUUAUUGACCUAUUUAUUGACUGCUUGCCUUUGUAAUAUAAUGUAGAAUACAGAAUGUUUUAUUUUUGUGCUUGUGUGUAAUCCCACUUGGAUAAAACCUUGUACCAAUCCUAUUUUACAUGGAAUCUCUCUGUUGAGUUGUGCUGCACAGAGAUUGGGGUUGCUGAUUUUUUUUUUUCCCCCCUAGAUAUUUGUAAAUACCGUAUACCACAGUUACCUCCCUUGCUUACAGAACUGUUCACUCACUGUAGUGAUUUAAGUAGCAUUCUGGAGCAUGUAUGGUCUUGUCCAAUGUAUAACUACUCUUGCAGAGGCAUCAUUGCUUUAAGUGGUCAGCUGUGUAGUUUAUUGUGGAGUUAUGCAGUCUCCACUCGUGCUGCGUGUUUCCAGAUAGCAGGCUGCACCAUGGAGCUAUAUUGCUUUAUGCCUGCUACAGAUCUUACCCUGCGAGUGACUGACAGCACUCACAGACCUUUACCCUGAGCUGCACUGCAAUCUUAGUCUGUGGUUAAUGGCACAUUAAAAGAAUUCGUAAGAGGUGUGAUAUUUUGCUCUGCUGACAUGAACUGCGGCAGCCAACGGUUGAAGUGUGACCACACAGAUCCUUUCAAAACUAUCCACAAUUCUUAUGAAGCCAUUUGCCAAGACAAACCAUUCACCUUGUUAGGAGUGAUAAUCCAGCAUUAGGGAGAUAAUCUGACAUUUGCUUUUAUCAUCUCUUUUCUGCGACUGUUCCUGUGGCAGUGAUCUGACCAGUGUGCUUUUUGCACCACUGUCCUUAACUGAGCAGUACCAACACUUCCUGAACAGCACCAACCUUUCUGAACAGCAUGUAGGAGGACCUGUGCCUUAAAAAUAAAAAGUAUCCCACUGUAAUCACCCAUAAUCACUAUAAAUUUUCAAGUGACCAUGAAGCAAAGCAGAGUGGCAGCCUUUGCACUCUCUUAUUGCCAGAGAUUUGUUGUAAUAGAGUAGAUAGUACACAGUGUGUUACAGUACAAUGCAAAUGUGGGUAGGCAUGUAAUUUUAUCAGUUAGUAAACCUGCAUGUGUGAAUUUUUACAAGAUCAGUAAAAAUAUCAAUGGUAGCU